CCUAAUGUUAAAAGACGACUGCGAGAGUAUUUAAAUCAAAUUCGAAUUGUUAUACGUUGGCAAGCUUUCCAUAGAUCCGUUAAUGCGGUGAAACUCGAUUGAAAUGUCCCGUAAAACGCAACAGGAAGAUGCAAGUGAGCCUCUUACCGAACAUGAAAGGCAAGUCUACGCACGAUUUGGGACUCUGCCAAAGCAAGAUAUUCUCCUACGUUCCCAGGUGAAAGAACGCAGAUUCUUCGACUCGGGAGAUUUCGCAAUGUCCAAAGCCAGUAAUGACUCUGUGGCUGGACGCCCACGCACCGGGAAGCAACAUCCCAUACCCGGCGACAUCUCGAAUCUCUCCUCACCGGUACCGGGCGAUAGUAACGUGGAAUCAGAUGCGAAUGCUUCGCACCACCAGAAAUUGAGCAAGAGCUCGGAGAGUGGGCAGCGACGUGACAGUGAGAAAAUGCAAAGCUCCGAACUUGCUGGCAGCGCCAAGUAACCGGGGGUAGAAUUCAACAGUAUUGUUUAGGUUGAUAGGAGGAAAGGAUUCCUGGCCGCGAAAGUUGCAUUCCACGCCAACGUGCCCGGAUUCCGAGAAAUGGCACAUGUUAUAAGCGUUUGGUAGUAGUGUGGUAGUAGGUUUGCGAGGCCCUUGAGAUAGCCGAACAAUACUCGUAGGACCCACUAUACAGUAUUGUCUCGACGUUGAGAUGACGUCUCUGGCUUUAUGCCUGCAUUGGUUUGGCGAUCGACGCGAGGAGCGACGAAUUACGUGGUAUAACAAGACCAUAUCAUUGACCAGGACAAUGUAAGCCGCCCUUCUUCGAGUGGUCAUCGGAGGCGCACACUCGAUCGAGACCUACAACAUCCACAGCUAGUGCCAGAAAAAUCAUAAAAAUAUGUUGCAGAACUCUGAAAGAGAAUCUGGAAGAGGAUCAGGGGGGAUUACUGAGAAUCUCCAGCUGGCUUACGGGCAAGGUAAUGUCCUAGCCG